AAUCGAAUUGCCAAUCCGCUGAAAAAUGAUAAACGUAAUAGUUUAAUCCGCCUGUGCAGGUAAAUUUUUCUAACCGGCAAUUGAACAGUUCUUGUUCGGGCUUACACUCAUUAGUUGAUACAUACUUUGUUAUUUUUGUAAUUUGAGUAAAAACUUCCAAUGGCACGGGGAGACGGUGACGAUGCGAGUUAUGUGUCACCAGGGGUUCCACACAGAAAUGUUAAGUGGUACCUACUAGAAGACACUGACAAUAGAGUUAAAUGGUUCACUAUUUUACUUUUGCUGAUUUCGAUUGGUAUGCUGAUUGCGGGAAGUGUCAUGCUAGGAAUUGGAAUUUCAAAGAAUAACAGCGCACAUCCAGCUCCAACUCCACCAGUCAGCACCCAAGCAUCCGGCUACACUAUGUUUUUAUCUGUUCAGACUAGAUCUGUUCCUUAUUCUGCAGUGGUUCGAAAUUACGCGGGGAGUGUCAAGAACUUAACUGAUCAGAUGCAACAAGUUAUCUCAUCAAGCAGCUCCGCGAGCAGUGAUGAUGUGCAACCAACAGUGCCAAUUACAAUACUUGGCAUUUCAAAUGCGGGUCAAUGGGCUGACGUCAUGUAUGCAUUGUCUUAUACCACAUCAAACAAGCCACAGCUAAAUGACAUUCAGCAAAAAGUUUCAGCUUCUCCAAAUUUCGCAAUGAUUUCUGCUACAGACCAAACCCCUCCAACUCUUUCUCAAAUGACCUGCCGAUCCGUUUCCGAUUCAACGUUGAUUACUACCUCCGGACCAUCUGGGACAACCGUUACUGUUCCAACCACUCCGUGUGCCAGUGUGCCUACGGGACCAACAAAAACACCAGUGACUGUACCAACAUCAACAGGUUCAGUGUCAAGGGAAACCAAAUCCCCUGUAACAGCUAAUCCGGGAAGUACUGUGUCUACAUCUUUAUCUAGUAAACCAGUCACCGUCGUAACUCAGUCGCCAAGAUCAACUACGACUCCAUUUGUAAAAACUCCAUAUAGUAAAGAUGUUAUUAUUCUCCUGGACAAUUCAAAUGCAAUGAAAUCUUUUACCAAUUUUAAUUUGGUCAAAUCAUGGAUUGUAAAGACACUAUUACCAUUGUGGUUGAUUGAUAGAGAAGACGUACAGGUUGCAUUUGCCACGUAUGCAGCUAACGAUUUCAAUACACUUCUUGAUUUUGACGAGGCCAGCGAGGAAGAGGUGGCAAGUGUGAUUUCUGCUCAGAUGUACUCAGGGAAGCAUAAUUCGAGCAUAACAUACGGUAUUCGAGCUGCGGGUGACAUACAUGGCCUUCGUCCGGUUAAUCAAUCCGUUAUACUACUAUCGGCAUCUGAAGACCUCACUGACAUUGAAUCCGCUACCCAAUAUGCUUACAUCCUCAGCGCUCUACCUAAACAACUUAUCACUAUCACACUGAACUCCAGCGGAAAACAACUGGGAUUACUUUCGACCAAUCAAAAUAUGUUCUUCGGAGUUCCAGAUUAUAAUUUGACUACAACGAUUGCUCAACAACUUACUCAGUACAUGUUUGUAACGCUUACACCGACUACCCAAACACCAACCACAACUUCUGUUCCAGAUAACACUUGCAAUACCGAUGUGACAAUUUUGAUGGAUAACAACAACGACGUGGGAAGUGCCAUGGAGUUUCAGAAUCAAUGCCGAACUAUUGCAAAGCUGAUCAAAACCUGGCCAAUUUCUCCGAAACUAAUGGAAGGAGAAGCUAUUGUUUAUUCUACGACCGAUGGUGGCCAAAUAGUGGAAAACCCUUUUUCCUACCAGUCCGCUUCCGCAUUUGCCAACGAAGUUAUGGCAUUCGACGAUUACUACUUUGCAGCUUCCCCGCCAAGUCUCACAGCCUCGCUGCAAUAUGUCUCGCAGAACUUGGGCAGACGUAGACAAAGCCGACAGCAAGCAACUAUUGUUUUUACUUAUUCCAGUAGUUACUCUGAUGUUCAAACCGCCAUCGAAUAUGUGACUCAAAUUGGAGGGAACUUGAUCAUUGUAGCCGUUGGAGGUGCCGAUCAAACCGUUUUGAAGCAACUUACUGGAAAUGUGGUCUAUACGAAAACAUUGACAACAGAUAUUUUCGAUCAGAUAAACAGUCUUCUCUGCACGCCAUCUACAAAAUCCCCGCCAAUCACUCCCACAACAAUCGUUUCAACUAGUGGUGCCACGUCAUCAGCAGCUCAAACAACUGUAGCGGUUACAACUACUCAGAUUAUGCCAAGUACUACUUCGAUGCCAAAUCCAUGCCACGAUUGUUCUCCAAAAACAUCCAAUAUCCUCCUCUUGUUCGAAGCAUAUGGGACAGCUCUUUCAAAUCAGAAAAAAUUAGCUGAAACUGAUCUUAUCGCCACGUGGAAUCAUUUCGAAAGAACAUCAGUAAUGGGAUUUAAUACACUGGUGAAGAACCUGGACCCCAUCAAUUUUGGUGACUUGCAAACCAAAGAUGAGUUUGUCAGCAUUGUUGAUAGCUUCACACCGUUCAAGGAUCAGCCGAGUAUUGUUUCGGCAUUCAAUAUGGCUGUCAACCGCGCCAACCCGCUAAAAUCCUUUGGAAAGAUGAACUCCGUAAUCUUCACUUCUGGGGCAACACCUGCUGAAAUCACUGCAUCACUGAUGAAUUCACAAACUUUGCGACAGAAUGGAAAAGUGAUCAUUGUGGGGCUUCAACUUCCGGACGCUACACACCUGGACACGCUUUGUGAUGUUCUCCUGAAAUGGGAUGAUUUAACAAAUACAGAAACUAUCAGCACUCAAAUUAACCAAGCACUGAGUAGAUAAAUUUUUGAAAGGGAGGAUUGAAAUAAAUUAAAUUUGUU